AUGGCAGAAGGGCUCACCUUGGUCUCAGUGGAUUAUGAAAGUUUUGGAAAAGUGCAAGGGGUGUUUUGCCGCAAGUACACCCAGGCUGAGGGACAAAGGCUCGGAUCAGUAGGCUGGGUCCAGAACCCUAACUGCAGCACGGUGCAGGGACAAGUGCGAGGUCCCAUCUCCAAGGUUCGUCCUGUGAAGGAAUGGCUGGAGACGACAGGAGGACCUAAGUCUCACAUUGGCACAGCAACGUCCAACAAUGAGAAAGUCAUCUUGACAUCGGAUUACUCAGAUCUCCAAAUUGUGAAAUAA